AUGUCCAACCCUUACCAAUCCGAUAACGACGCCCUCCACUUCCUCUCCACGCAAGGCUGGCUUCCACUUAUCCUCGGCGACCACCCGAGCUUCGUGGAAGCUUACACCAACCUCCUUGCAGCCUCCGCAACUUUCUUCGCUCUCGAUGAAUCCUCUCCCCAGAAAACAACUUAUCGGGCAGUAACCGGCGCCCUAGCAAGCGAGGAAGGCUAUUCCAAGAUCCCGGCCGAGAAAUUAAUCCUCACCAUCAAAACCUCCUCACACUGUCCCUCCCCACUCCUGUCUCGCGUUCAAGAAGCAUGGAGCCUAACAGGAGCUUUCAUGUCCCAGCUUUGCACCGAGAUCGCAGAGUCUCUCCAACUCAGCCCUAAUGUCUUCGCUCCCCUCAUCGACCCAUGCAUAACCCUGCCCGCUGGCGAGCGAACGCCGACUUUGCUAAGGAUGUUCCGCUACGAUCGCCCGUCAGGUCCCGACUGGAAAGUCAAUGCUGAGAAGCACAGGGAUCUCGGUUUGUUGUCGCUGGUCGUGGGGCACUCGCCCGGGCUUCACGUGCUGAACUCCAGCACGGGCUUGUGGGUGCCCAUAGAAGAGGAUGAUGUGCUCCCGCCUGACGCACGGAUACGGUCGGGAGGUCUCACUGCAACGCUGCUUGUGGGUGAGACGCUGGCGUUUCUGAGUAGAGGGAAGUUCAAGGCGGGUGUGCAUGGGGUGGUUUGUGCGCCGCUGCCAUCUGAGGGCGGGGAGAUGGGCGGUGGUGCGAUCAAGGUUGAAAGCGAACAAUAUCGGUACAGCAUUGUUUUCACACUUAGGCCGGCUAUUGCGCCUUUGUGGACGAAAGACUUUGAGAGCGAGAUUACGGGAUGGUUUCCAGAGGGAAUGAGGAGCGAAGGUACAAGCUCAGAUGAGCUGUUCACGAGCAUAAGGGAAGCGCAUUAUAAUGUGAACGUGGCGCCAGAGGUGAGGGAGAAGCAGAGACUUGCGCAGGUGAGGCAGCAGCAGAAGGGGAUGGGAAAACGUGCUCAAGGACAAGGGUGA